AACCAUGAAGUUCCUCAUCGUCCUGGUCUUGUUGGGAGCAGCCGUUGCCUUUGAAGAUGAUGAUAAGAUCGUAGGGGGUUUCACCUGCACCAAGAACGCCGUUCCUUACCAAGUGUCCCUGAAUGCUGGAUACCAUUUCUGUGGGGGGUCCCUGAUUAACAGCCAAUGGGUGGUCUCUGCCGCUCACUGCUACAAAUCUCGUAUCCAGGUCCGACUCGGGGAGCACAACAUUGCUGUAAAUGAAGGGACAGAACAAUUCAUUGAGUCCCAGAAAGUCAUCAAGCACCCGAGCUACAACUCCCGGAACCUGGACAACGACAUUAUGUUGAUCAAACUUUCCACCACCGCCAGACUCAGCUCCAACAUCCAAUCGGUGCCUCUGCCCUCGGCCUGCGCUUCUGCCGGCACCAACUGCCUGAUCUCCGGCUGGGGGAACACCCUGAGCAGCGGCACCAACUACCCCGACCUCCUGCAGUGCCUGAAUGCCCCCAUCCUGACUGCCAGUGAGUGCAGUAACUCCUACCCCGGGGAGAUCACCAACAACAUGUUCUGUGCCGGCUUCUUGGCUGGUGGCAAAGACUCUUGUCAGGGUGACUCUGGUGGCCCCGUUGUGUGCAAUGGGCAACUGCAGGGAGUGGUGUCCUGGGGCUAUGGCUGUGCCCAGAGGAACUACCCCGGUGUCUACACCAAGGUCUGCAACUAUGUGUCUUGGAUCCAGAACACCAUUGCUGCCAACUAAAUCCCUGCCCUCUAUUCUUUCUCCCUCCCCCGAGGAACCUUUUCAGUCCUGAUGUAGAGUCUAGAUACUCAAUAAAGGUUUCUCAAGAGCAAAUAAAGUGAUCAUUUCACUA